AUGGAUGUAGUCCGUCCUAGUCCACACAGAAUCACAAGAAAAAGUUUACUUCAAGUGGCUGAAUUAGUAAUAAAGUCGCAAAUCGAGUCUUCCGUCCAUCGAAUACCAGAUGAAAGUUUCCCGGAUGUUCAGAAUUUUCUUGCAGUUUUAGAAAAUUUAUUCUACCAUGGUUUAAAAUCUUACAAUUUUCUGGUUGGGAAGAAAGUCUCAAAGCACCCUUGGUGUCUCAUACUUCAAUUAUCUAAUUUACCCAGUUUUUCACAUACUUCUUCAGUGAAACUUCUUGAUCAUCUCAAGAGUGAUUUUUCAAAGCUUCGAGCUUGGAUCAAACUGUCUAUUGUUAGGUGUUGUCUGCACUCUGCAAUGCUAGAUUUAGUUCAACUGAAGCCCAAUUUGACGAAAUAUUAUUCCCGGAAUGCUAUCUUCCGUUCGGAAGAAAUAUUUAAUCUAAUUGCUUCUCUCGUAGGAUUGGAAAAUGUACAGUUUAAUUUGGACUUUAAAACUGAACUCGUGGAAUAUUCCUAUUGUGUUCCUCCAAUUGAUUUCUCGCCUUUUCUUUUGUUCAAGCAGAGUUUAGAAACAAAACUUAGUGCAAUUUGUGAGUGUCGAAACGAGAAUACUGAGGAUAGAAAAUCGAGAUGUAUGUGGCGCUAUGGAUUUGAGAAAUUAAAACAAAAUCAAGUUUAUUCCUUAGAACAACUGCGAAUUACACCUUUUGAUACAGUUCAUCAUUAUCAUGAAGAAUUGAUUCAAAAACAGUUUACCCAGUUAAAUAAAUAUAAAGAACAAUUAAACUGUUAUAAAGAGACGACUGCGAGUCUGGAAAGUUACAUUUUGGAAUUACAAGUUAAGUUGACACUUAUUCAUGAACAAUAUGACCAAGAGUUAAAACGUUUAGGUGUUAAUCAGUCAAGAUUAACGGCUCCAACAUUUCGUAAUAUUCCAAAUCGAUUUCAACAAAUACAUGAUAUCAAUGAAAAACCUUCAAAAAUCUCAUCAUUUCUAAAUUCGUCAAUAAAGCUCAUUCAUAAUGAAACUUGCGCUAUUGCUAGUACCAGCUAUCAAAUGCCAUCAAUCUUAUCAGUAGAUCAAGGUAUUGAUGCAUUAAGCUUGGAAGAUUCUUCAAAUCCUGAAAUAGAUAGCAAUAAUAAUCACUCAACAUCAUCACUUGUCGAACAUAUUCCCAGUGAAUCGAAAAGAUAUCGUUCAGUUAAAUUUACCGAAUCUAAUUCACAUAUGAAAAAAAUCGAUCAAGAUUCAUGUGUUUUGCCUAUGGAUGUAUCAAAUAGAAAGUCGAAUUCGAAACGUCUUCCUUUACCCAUAAGAGCACGUUCUAAUUCUCCAACUAAUAGUAGUAGUUAUCCUAGUUCAAUAAGUGAAUCAUCUCAUCAAAAAUAUAAUAAAUCAAAGAGUCCAUUAAAAUCAAAAAAUUCUGGUCAAACUUUUCAUCGAAAAUCAAAAAUGCUUGUUAGUGUUCAAGAAAUACCAUCUGAACGUUUCAUCCUGCCGGAUAAUUCAUAUUCUACUGUAUCUUUUCCUAAUAAUAGUUCACCAAAAACUCUCGAGAGUAUGACAGUUGUUGUAAAACCAAGAAGUCAUAGCUUAUUCUCUUGUUAUGUCCCGAAGAUAUCUACGAAUGAGGUGGAAGGCAUUAUUCGACAUGUCGAUAGCCUUAUGAAUCCACAAACAACCAUGAAAAAUGAUACAGUUAAUACAAUCACAACAACACCAACAACGGAUACAACGAUAAAAUCAUUGACCACUGUUGAUAGUAAAGAUGAUAUUGUUAUUGAUGAUCAUCUACUUGGGUGCAAAAAUCAAUGUUCAAAUCUUGUUCUAUUUGAGGCAGGCUUAAUUGAUUCAAUAACUAGUAGUGAAAUUAUGGAAACUUCAUCUGAAUAUAAUCCAAGUGAUCGAUUAUAUUCUUCAUCUACACGAGAAUAUUAUCACUUAACAUCAGAAGAAGAUUUAGGAAAUAGUGAUGAGGAAGAUGUGGAUGAUGAUGACGAGAAAAAUAAUGAUAGUGACAAUAAAACAUCUGGACUACGACAACAAAAACAACAAGAACAUGAAACAACCAUUUGA